AUGGAUAACUGCACCCGGAAUCAAAAAAUCCCGAUGGCGAAGACAAACGCUUUAUUCGAGCCUCAUCCACAACUCUUUAUUUCUCAAACCGACAUUAUUCCUUCAAAAAUCAUUGCGUCCAACCCUGAAGCCUACCCUGAUAUUGGCGGUAGCCUUGUCGAUGACCAACAUGAGGUUGAAGGGUAUUUGGACGGUUUGACAUCCGGGAAGAUUUCUAAUGAGAUUGUAGAGGAUUUGUGUAGUAGUACUACAGAGUCGGCUAUAGAAAAUGAGGAUGCUAUUAGUGAAGAGGAGAAAGGGAAGAAUGUGACAGUCACUCCGAGAACGUAUCAACUAGAAAUGUUGGAGGAAAGUUUGAAGGGGAAUAUUAUCGUUGCGAUGGACACAGGGAGUGGCAAGACACAUGUGGCUGUUCUACGAAUUUUAGCAGAGCUCGAGCGGAUGGAGCCAGAUAAGCUGAUAUGGUUUCUUGCACCUACCGUUGCGCUCUGUACUCAGCAUAAUGAAUAUCUCCAGUUGAAUAUUUCCUCAGUUUUAGUUAAAUUACUUGUUGGCUCUGAUGGCGUGGAUCGAUGGACAGAGCAAAGACAAUGGGAUGCGAUCUUGAAGGAUGUUAAGAUAGCCGUAUCUCCCUACCAAGUUCUUCUAGAUGCGCUUGCACAUGGAUUUGUACGCAUGGAGCGUCUCUCGUUGAUCAUUUUCGAUGAAGCACACAAUUGUCUAAACAAAGCUCCAGGAGCUAAGAUUAUGACAUCUUUCUAUCAUCCAUAUAAAUCAAUAUCCCCACUUCCUCACAUUCUAGGCCUUUCGGCUAGCCCCGUUAUAAGAUCUGAUCCACAAUCUUUGAGCAAGAUCGAAGAGACCUUAGAUGCCGUCUGUCGGACGCCAAAAAUACACCAAGCAGAUCUUCGGCUUCGAGUAAAGUUGCCUAUCCUAUCUAUUAUCGAAUACAAUCCGGAGCCUGAAUAUCUCAUGACAAAAACCGUUGCAAGCCUUGGAAAGGUUAUACAAGACCUCAACAUCUCCGAGGACCCGUAUGUCUUGGCACUCAAGAGUAGUGGUAGCGAAAAAAGUCAGAGAGAACUAGCAAAAUUACUCAACAACUACAAAACAAAUAGUCAAAGAGAACUGAGAUUAAUCUAUAACACUGGUAAGACUAUUCUUGUUGAGCUAGGCUCGUGGGCCGCAGAUUAUUAUAUCUCAGCAGUGGUAACGAAAUAUCUGAAAACAAUGAAAGCAAGAGAAGUCUUCGUGGUUAUGGAUUUAGCUGCUACCGAAAGGCUCUACAUUGCAAAGGCUCUCAAGCAAGUCGGAAUCUCGCCAUCAGUUUUUUCACUCGCAGAUAAAACUUCUGACAAAGUUGCAAAGCUACUAAACAUAAUCUUGCAGCAAGAACCCCCAUUCUCCGCUAUCAUAUUUGUCGAAGAAAGAGCCACAGUCUUCGUACUAGCCGAUCUGUUAUCACAGCAUCCAUUAACAAAAGAACGUUUCAAAAUUGGAACCAUGGUUGGUUCAUCGUCAAAUAGCAAGCGCACACAGAUCGUAGGAGAGCUUGUUGAUCUAGAUAAACAGAAAGAUACUCUGUCGCGCUUCAAGCUUGGAAAGAUUGAUAUCCUCAUAGCUACGAAUGUAUUGGAAGAGGGAAUUGAUGUUCGUGCAUGCAAUCUAGUAAUAUGCUUUAGCAAGCCAUCAAAUCUCAAAUCAUUCAUACAAAGACGAGGGCGAGCGAGGCAGCAAGAUUCUAAACUGAUUCUUCUUGAUCCUCUAGGUGGUAAGGUAAUCGAUUGGCAUGAACUUGAAAGAAAUAUGCGAAAGAUGUAUGAAAAUGAAAUGCGUGAACUACAACACAUUUCCGAAAUUGAGACUGCUGAUGAACAGUCGGAAGAUGGCAGAGUCUUACGGGUAGAAAGCACCGGUGCUCAGUUGGACCUUGAUAAUGCUGUACCACAUCUAUAUCACUUCUGUUCAGUAUUGACGGCCAAAGAUUUCGUUGAUCUCAGGCCAGACUUUGUUUACUCCUUCGAUUUAGGCACUGAUUUUGUUCGGGCAAAAGUUAUUUUUCCAUUAUCAGUUCCUGAAACUUUACGAGUUCAUGAGAGCCGUGGAGUAUGGUUAAGCGAGAAGGGAGCUGCGAAGGAUGCAGCAUUCGAGGCUUAUGUUGCCUUAUAUAAGGGAGGAUUGGUUAAUGACAAUCUAUUACCCCUGAUGGUACACGAUAAGGUCAUUGAUGAAUUGACUUCAAAGCCCGUGGAUACACGGGCAUCUCUGCUGGAGGUCAAGGAGAGAUUGGAUCCUUGGUUUGACGUUGCCAGGGCAUGGCAAGAGGCAGAACAUAAUCCUGGAAUUGUUCGUACAUCUAUUAUGAGCCUCGAUGAUUUAAAGAUUGAGCUCUGCCUUCCGAUCGAGCCACCACCAAUUCCGCCCUUGACACUUCACUGGAAUUCCAGCACAGAGCUGUCUGUCGAGUUUACAAACGAUGCCGAAAUAGGAACCACCGAGGACAUGAUAUUACGGGCAUUAAAAGAUACCUAUUUACUCUUAUCUGGUGCUUUUAGUCGUAGAUUUGAUAUAUUUUCACGUCGAACAGUUGUGCAGUUCAUUGCAAAUCGAGCUCCAGCGUCACUCAAUUUAGAUUGCGUGACGGUCACCGUCGAUGAGCCUUCACGGAUCACCGGAUUCAUCAGAGAAUUCGAUAAAUUGGCCCAGCCCUAUAUCUUUGAAAAAUGGUUACCCAGCAAGCCACCCGUCAACGAAGUCCAGCACACUUAUCUAAACUAUUCAAAUGCACCGGAAAAUGUACCGUAUCUGGCUUUAAUUCCAGUUACGCGUCGUACAGAUUUUUUGCACAAGGUGGAAAACCAAAGUCCUUCAUCUUCCAAACAAUUCUCGUGUGUCUUACCGGCUUCAGUAUGCGUGCAAGAUGCAAUGCCUUUCCAAUUAGUGCAGUUCGGCAUGAUGAUACCUUCUAUCACACAUCAUAUUGAGGUACAACUUAUUGUCGAUCGUCUAUGCAAAACUAUCCUCAAGGAUCUCGAGAUCAGCGAUCGAGGCCUUGUUCAAACAGCUAUCACACAUGCCAGUUACUCGUUGACCUCAAAUUAUCAGCGUCUAGAAUUUUUAGGCGACUCAAUACUAAAGUUAUGUACAUCAGUACAGUUAAUUUCCGAAUACCCUCUUUGGCCUGAAGGAUAUUUGUCGGCUAUGAAAGAUCGCAUCGUUUCUAACUCGCGCUCAUCAAGAGCAGCCGUAGAACUUGGUUUGGAUGAAUAUAUAAUCACCAAAAAGUUUACAGGUUCCAAAUGGCGUCCGAUGUAUGUUGAAGAUUAUUUGAAAACCACAGAGCAAAAAAGUAGACAGAUGUCUUCCAAAGUUCUCUCUGAUGUUGUUGAAGCACUCAUUGGCGCAUGCAUGGUUGAUGGUGGUAUCCCCAAAGCUCUCAAAUCCUUGCAACUGUUCUUUCCCGAGCUCAACUGGCUACCUCUUGAAACACGACAAAUGUCACUUUAUCAACUAGCAGCAGAUGAUCUUCACUUACCUAUCGCACUACAGCCCAUCGAACAAAUCCUCGCAUAUACCUUCACCAAAAAAUCGCUCCUCGUCGAAGCCAUGACACACCCGUCUUACAUCAACGGCACACAAUCACUCGAACGGCUUGAAUUUCUCGGUGAUGCCAUCCUAGACAAUAUCAUCGUUACAGCCAUGUGGUCUUAUGAAACCGAACUCUCACAUUUCCAAAUGCAUCUCUUACGCUCCGCCCUCGUAAAUGCAGAUUUCCUUGCCUUUCUUUGUAUGGAAAUGAGUAUCGAACAAUACGUAACCGAUCUCACCGAAGGAAAAGAUCACCAAAUCCACGAAACGCACACUCGACGUCGAUUUUCCCUGGUGAAUUUUCUCCGUCAUUCAAGUGCUACCUUUUCCAUCUAUCAAAAACAAGCUUUAGCUCGACAUCAGGAACUUCGUGAAGAGAUCCUCGCGGUCAUUAAAACGGGAGAUAAGUUCCCUUGGACUUUAUUAUCAAGAUUAGAUGCGCGAAAGUUUUUUUCGGAUAUGAUUGAGAGUUUAUUGGGAGCGAUAUGGAUUGAUAGUGGAUCGAUAGAUGUAUGUACGAGAGUUGUAGAGAGGAUGGGGAUAUUGAGAUAUAUGAGGAGGAUUUUGAGAGAAGGAGUUAGGAUUAUGCAUCCGAAGGAGGAAUUGGGGAUAGUUGCUGAUUUUGAGGAUGUUAAGUAUGUUUUGUGGAAUAGGAGAAUAGGUGGUGAGGAUGAGGAUGAUGGGAAGGAUGGGGGAGGGGAGAGCGGUAUAGAAUAUUUAUGUAAAGUGUUUGUUGGGGGGAGGGAAAUUGUAGAAGUGGGUGGUGGAGUUAGGAAGGAGGAGAUUCAGGCGAGGGCUGCGGAGGCGGCGAUGGAGAUUUUGAGGGGAGGGGGUAGAGAAGCGGGAUUUGAAGGGGGAAAGGAGGGAGGACAGGGGAAAAGAAAGAGAAAUGAGGGAGAAAGUGAGGUUAUAGGUGGAAGAGAAGGAAUAGCGCAGGGUGAAAAGAUGAAUCUUGAUUAA